UUAAAAUUGAUUUGAAGUUCAAGUAUCUUAGUAUUUUUUUGGCACACUUUCGGCAAGAUACAAAUUCAAAUUUUUGUGUAAAAUUUACAAUUGUUAUUAAAAUAAAAUCUAACCGCAAAGAAGUCGCGCAUAAAGCUUUUGAAGACGCGUGCGGACAUUUUGUAACGGAUUUGGCUGGAACGCAAAAGAUACCAAAAUUGGCAAAACAAACAAAAACAAGCCACAACAAAGCCUAGUAGCCACGCAGUCGAAUGGAUAGCCACAUGAUGAUCAAUGAAAGCCUUUUGAAUACCACAAAUUUUGCCGAAUUCGAUAACUCCAUCGAUUGUUGCGGCGACUACAACUUGGACUCUGUGCCUGCCAGCGGCUGCUACAAUCAAUACGACGACUCUCCCUGUGAGAUGAACCCGCGCCAGAAUACAAGCUCCACAUAUGCUGGCGUCAGUCGAAUACCGAGGGGCGCGGCAAGACCGCGUCAAGGCCCGUCGCCGCGUCAAGGUCUAUCGCCGCGCAACUAUUCAUUCGUGCCGGUGUUCCAUGAACGCACCAGCAAGGAGGAUGACACACUGCUCACCGAUAAUCUGUGGAAGCUGGCGCGCAAGACGGGCACACUAAAUCUGGCCAACAAGGGUAUGGCACGAGUUCCCGAACGUUUGUAUGACAUCAACGAGGCAGAUGCGGACAGCAAGAAAGCAAAUCUGGAGAAAUUGUCCAUUAACGAGGCGGACGCCUGGUGGAAUCAAAUGCCCCUUAACAAUCUGGACUUGAGCUCAAAUUCCUUGACGAACCUUUCGCCCAAAAUUGAGAAUCUGAUAACGCUCACCGUACUCCAGCUACAUGACAAUGCUCUGGUCGAGCUACCGCCACAGAUUGGCAAGCUGGAGAAGCUGGUGCGCCUAAAUCUUAGCCACAAUAAGCUAAAGGAAUUGCCACCAGACCUGUACAGCCUGCCGGAGCUGCGGCAUCUUAAUAUCUCGCAUAAUGAAUUUGUUGAGCUCAGUCCGGAUAUUAGCAAUCUGCACAUGCUGGAGUUUCUGGAUGCUGGGAACAAUAACAUAAGCAGUUUGCCAGGUGGCAUUGGGUUUCUGGUGCGUCUAACAGCUCUGCUACUGGCCAAUAAUCAUAUCAAGGAACUGCCAUCCGAUAUUGUCUAUAUGCGCUCUCUUCAAAAGCUGGAUCUUAUAAAGAACGAUCUGAUUGGCCUGCCCGAGGACAUGGGUCUCUUGCGUAAGCUGCAAUGCCUAUACAUCCAGCACAAUGACAUUAAGGAGCUGCCCAGCUUCGAGGGCAACGAAAUGCUAAACGAACUGCACGCCAGCAAUAACUAUAUAGAACAAGUGCCAAAGCAACUUUGCGCCAAUUUACCACAUUUGAAGAUCUUCGAUUUGCGCGACAACAAAAUUAAGCAGCUGCCCGAUGAGAUCUGCCUGAUGCGCAAUCUGAAUCGCCUGGAUGUCACAAACAAUUCCAUCAGCGUGCUGCCCGUCACGUUGUCCUCGCUGGCACACUUGAUUAGCCUGCAGGUGGAUGGCAAUCCCAUUAAAACCAUACGACGCGACAUUCUGCAAUGCGGCACAGCGCGCAUUUUGAAAACUCUGCAAGAUCGCGCCCAGACCAAGGACAGAGUGGGUGGCGGUGCCGAAGAUUUGCCAUGCAGCAGUUCCGCUGCUGGUAGUGACCAGUCUAUGCAGCAGCAACUGCCUGCCAACAUGACCGACAACAGCUAUCAGCAGCACAACUGUGCGCAGCCGCCAUUCAGGCACUGCCAUUGUCGAUGCCAAUGUCAGCACUUUAUGCACCCGGAGCAGCUUUGUGGCUUCUACUAUCAGCAAUUUCCAGAAAAAUAUGAACAGGGGCAGCAGCAGCAGCAGCAACAUCAUCAGCAGCACCUAGAUCAGUUUCAGUUUGGUCAAGCGAGUCAAUAUUCCCCACAGCAACAACAGCUACUUUACCGGGAACCCUAUGGCGGGCAUUAUAUGGACAAUUACUCAGCCAUGCCAGAAACGCAAAUGGAUGCAUAUAAUCCGUACAAUCGUUGUGUGGUGCAACCCCGUUGGGUAUACAAACUGCGUCAUACACGCACCUUAGCUGUCAAUUCACAGGGGCUUUCUGAUGUGCCCGCCCACAUCUUCAAGGUGGCCAGCGAGGAGAAAGUGCAUGUGGUGGACUUUGCGCGCAAUCAACUAAGUACCCUGCCCAAGGGUUUGCAGCACAUGUCCAAUCUGGUGACGGAGCUGGUCUUGGCCCACAACGUUAUUAACUGUGUGCCGCCUUUUAUAUCGCAAUUCACGCGCAUAACACUUCUAAAUUUGUCCAACAAUUUGAUCAAGGACUUGCCACAAGAGUUUGGGUUGCUCAACACGCUGCGUGAACUGAACAUUGCCAACAAUCGCUUUCAGGCAUUGCCAAAUGGCUUGUAUGAGCUUCAGGGUCUGGAAAUUCUAGUUGCCAGCGGCAAUCAGAUUAAGGCCCUUAAUGUGGCUGGAUUGCAAAACUUGCCACGUUUGAACACGCUCGAUUUGCGCGAUAAUAAUAUUGAAUAUAUACCGCCCAUACUAGGCAAUCUAACAAAUAUUACUCACUUGGAGCUGGUGGGCAAUCCGUUCCGUCAGCCGCGCCAUCAAAUUCUGAUGAAAGGCACAGACACCAUUAUGUCCUAUCUACGUGAUCGCAUACCCACUUGAAGUGCCCGCCGCAACAGCAGCAGCAGCAACACAAGCAAACAACAACAGCACAAUACACAUCAUUUAUUUUAUUAAUUUAUAUUGUUUAGCACAUGUGCUAAGCGCUGAUUUAUUUUGUUAUUGUUGUGUUGAGAUUGAGACAAAAGCUAAACCAAAUUAAGGCAGCGCCCACACACACACAUACACACGCGCAUUAGGUGUGCUUGUGUGUGCGUGUGUGUGUGGGCGUUAAAAGCGCGUAGUACCUUGUAGCAUUUAACCAUGAACACCCUGUAAUA